AUGGCAGGUCCUCCAUUACCCACGAGGCCGGUAUCUUUAAAACGAAAGCUCAGUCAUGACGGCGACAAGCAGGCUUCACUUGCAUCCCUUGACACGCCUGUCAAAUCGAUUGUUGAAUCCGCCGUGGUUCGUUCUCCCCCUACAUUAUCCGAAACGUCGAUAUCGGAAAACGGAUCAAUCAAGAAAAAGAAAUCGAGCAAAGGGAAAACCACAUCCGCGACUCCAAACCCCAAAGGCCAGAGAAAUAGGACUCCGGUUGCGCCAUGGCCGGAUGCACUAAAACGCUUGUCCCAAACACAACGGGCGCUGAAUCUGGUCUAUACAUUCUGCUGUACGCGGAAGCACUUUGCGACAACCUUCGAUAACAUCAAGGUAGCCGUGCAGGCACAGCUUGGUCAAGGGCGAGAGCUCACCAUUGAAGAUAUUGCACGAGUCAAGGCCCUGGUCCCGAAAGCGGUGCGAUUCGAGUACGUCGAUGAGGCAAAAUUAGAGUUGACGGCUGGGGAGAAAGAUACAAUCGAUUAUGGGAUGAACCACCGACGUGGUCCUUGGACAGCGGAGGAAGAUUGGAACAAAGACAAUUCCGGCCACGGUCAGCACCAAGAAAACCCAGGGAUCCCUACCAAAAAUGUUCUCCUAUUCGAAUUCGUGGACGAGGACCUCAAGCGAGAAGUCAUAAACCCGAAGACGGGAGAACCGACCAAACCGGCGCGACGAAUGAGAGAUGAAGAUCUCAAAAUGCCCGUCUAUAGCCAAAAGCAGAUGCUGAAGCUAAUCGAAAAACGCAAUACUAAAUUUUCAGAUGCCAUUGACGCAUUUCUCGUCCGGUGUGAAGAUCAAGUUAUCGACCCUUUGCUGGUAUUGGAACAAGAGAAAGAUUUAUGCAUCCCCACGCCUCCUGGCAGUGAAUCCAGUACCCCUGCCGCAGCCAAAGCUCCGUCCACCAUUCCCAGAGAGCGGCUAUCUAUUGCGGAAAUAAUCGCGGAAAUCCGAGAGAUGGAUUGGUAUCAUGCUCAGAUUGUUCCUGAAGGACAUCGUGUAUUCGAUGCCCAGUCUCCCGUUUAUGGGGAGUUGACAUUCCAGUUAUCGCAAAACCUAGUCAAUACCUUAUACAACACAAAAGGAAUCACUCAACUAUACUCCCACCAGGCGGAAGCAAUCAAUUGUCUCUAUGAAGGUUACAAUGUGAUUGUGUCUACUUCGACCAGCUCAGGAAAAUCGCUUAUCUAUCAAAUUCCCAUGCUGCACGAGUUGGAAAAAGACCCCGAUAGCAGGGGCAUGUACAUCUUCCCUACCAAAGCGUUGGCUCAAGACCAAAGACGCAGCAUGAUAGACCUCUUGCAAUAUAUGAAUGGUCUGCAAUCUAUCCUAGUCGAAACCUUUGAUGGUGACACGCCAAUGGAAAGCCGAAAUCGUGUUCGCGAUGAAGCACGGAUCAUAUUCACCAAUCCCGACAUGCUACACAUCACCAUCCUGCCCCAGGAGAGUGCGUGGCGCACCUUUCUGAAGAAGUUGAAAUUCGUGGUUGUCGACGAGCUACACGUCUACAAUGGUUUAUUUGGAUCCCACGUCGCGUUCAUAAUGCGGCGGCUUCGCAGAAUCUGCGCCGCGGUUGGCAACCGCCAUGUCAAAUUCAUAUCGUGCUCUGCCACUGUUGCAAACCCUGAAGCGCAUAUGAAAUCCGUCUUCGGGAUACAGAAUGUCAAGCUCAUAGAUUUCGACGGGUCUCCCUCGGGCCGAAAGGAGUUUGUCUGCUGGAACACCCCAUUCAAAGACCCAGCGGACCCAACCUCCGGACGCGGUGAUAGCGUUGCUGAGACUGCGCGAUUAUUUUGCCAGUUGAUUCUCAGAGGUGUCAGAGUUAUAGCCUUCUGCCGGAUCAGAAAACUCUGCGAAAUUCUCCUGCAGGCUGUGAGAACUGAGUUCCAAGGACUCGAACGCCCAGAGGUGGGCAAACUGGUGAUGGGUUACCGGGGUGGCUAUAGCCCCCAGGAUCGUCGUCGAAUUGAGAAAGAGAUGUUCGAAGGCAAGUUAAUGGGAAUCGUGGCGACGAACGCCCUCGAAUUGGGCGUUGAUAUUGGAUCCCUGGACGCGGUCGUCACUUUAGGUUUUCCCUAUUCAAUCUCCAAUCUACGUCAACAGAGUGGCCGUGCUGGACGACGCAAUAAGGACUCAUUAUCGGUGUUGGUCGGGGACAGAUACCCGACCGAUCAGCAUUAUAUGCAAAAUCCAGAUGAAAUCUUCACUCGGCCCAAUUGUGAACUUCAGAUUGACCUUACAAAUGAGCUCAUCUUGGAAGGGCAUAUUCAGUGCGCGGCAUUCGAAGUACCCAUCUCUCCGGAUGAAGACCACCUCUACUUCGGGGAGCAGCUCUACGCCGUUGCCGCAACGCGUCUCAUCAAGGAUGGCAUGGGCUUCUACCAUUGCCACGAUCGCUUUCGACCUCAACCCUCAAAAUGCGUCUCCAUCCGUGACACAGAAGAUCAGCAUUUCGCCGUAAUCGACACAAGUAACAAUCGCAAUAUCGUCCUCGAAGAAGUGGAGGCCUCGCGUGCCUUUUUCACCAUUUAUGAAGGCGGUAUCUUCUUACAUCAAGGCGAAACCUACCUCGUCCAGGAGCUAAAUACAGAACGCCAUUUUGCCCGCGUGACUCGUGUUCAUGUUGAUUGGAGCACUAUGCAGCGCGACUUCACCGAUAUCGACCCCAUCGAGACAGAAGCCAUGCGCCUUAUCAGCGCAGAUCCGUCGUCUUGCCGCGCAUUCUUCGGAGCUGUUCAAAUUCACGCUGUCGUAUACGGGUUCUUCAAAAUAGAUAAACGCGGCCGGGUACUCGAUGCAGUGGAAGUUGACAAUCCACCCAUCGACAUUCUAACCAAGGGAAUGUGGCUUGAUGUUCCAUCGUGCGCAAUUGUGAUCCUGGAGUCACACAGACUCAAUAUCGCAGCUGCCAUUCACGCCGCUGAACACGCGGUCCUCUCGCUUCUUCCUUCAUUUGUCCUUUCAUCCCCCGGUGACGUUCGCACAGAAUGCAAAGUGGCCAAAAAAGAGCUUGGCCGUCCAUUCCGCCGCGCAAACGAGAUUUCUGUGUCCAAUGGAAAAGAAUUCCAGAAAGUCCUCCAGCCGCCUUCCCGACAGCGACCUGCUCGUCUCACGUUUUAUGAUGCGAAGGGUGGCUCGUGUGGCUCUGGUAUUGCAAGUAAGGCAUUUGAAUUCAUCGAGUUACUCCUGCGGCGGGCCGUUGCACGUAUCGAAGCAUGCGCCUGUCUCUCACCACAAGGCUGCGUGGAAUGCGUGUGUGACGAGCGCUGCAAGGAGAUGAAUCUCGUCAUGAGCAAAGCAGGUGCAGGAGUGAUUCUGCGAUGUUUACUUGGCUGGGAGGUGGAUGUCGAUGCUUUACCAUGGGGUGAGGAUGUUGAUGGUCUAGACUUUGGGGUUGGGGGUGGUGGCGAGUUAGCGGGUGGAUAUGAAACAGUUGUGAGGGCAAACGAAAUCCCAUGGAAGGCUGGAUGUAGCUCCGAAAGCUCCAACGUACCGAGUACCUACUAG